AUGCAGUUGGAAACAGUGUUAAGAAGACUUCCAGGCCUACAGUCACGUUACAAUAUCUUUACGCACCACAUCAAUAAGGUGACCGAGAUCAAUGAUCCUCCGAGGGGUAAAAAUGACGCACUAAAGGGUUUGCUUGCAGCCGUUAAGGAUAAUAUAUCAACCAAAAAUUUUGGAGCUACAACUUGUAGCUCUCGCAUGUUGAAAGAUUAUAAAGCCCCGUACGAUGCCACUGUGGUAAACUUGCUAAGAGACUCGAGGGCCGUCAUUUUGGGGAAGACAAAUAUGGAUGAGUUUGCGAUGGGUGCCAGUGGGCUGAACAAUGGAUUGGGGGGUGGUCCUGUUAUCAACCCGAUAUCUGACAUCGAAGACUAUUGCCCCGGAGGUUCUUCAUCCGGAUCUGCUGCCGCCGUGCUCGCUGACUUGGUUGAUUUUGCCCUAGGAACUGAUACUGGUGGGUCAGUUCGGCUGCCAGCUGCGUGGGGGUCAAUACUGGGAUUUAAACCGUCUUACGGACGCAUUUCAAGAUUUGGCGUCAUAGAUUUUGCACAAUCCCUGGACACAGUGGGUAUUUUGGCAAAAGAUAUCGGCAUUUUAAGGAAAGUUUUUAGCGUAUUGGAUAAAUAUGAUCCGAGGGAUCCUACGUCACUAACGGACGAUUUGAGAGACCAACUCACAAAAAGUCACAUCACCGUAGAACGGGACACGAAGCCCAAAAUUGGUAUACCGAAAGAAUUUUCCUUAUCCUCAUUAACACCAGAGAUGAGACAACAUUUUUUGACAUACGUUGGGAGAUUGAUGUCGCUUGGAUACGAAGUUUACCCAGUUUCCGUACCUUCAAUUAAGCAUUCUCUGAUCAUGUAUUAUAUCUUAGCCCCGGCAGAAGCAGCAUCCAAUUUGGCGAGGUAUGAUGGGAUACGAUAUGGCUCGAGGUCUAUUGCUGGGGAUAUGGAUGAACAUAAUACCUUGUUUGGUUCCACAAGAGCCGAAAACUUUGGCCCUGAAGUCCAAAAGAGGAUUAUCCUAGGGAAUUACAACUUGUGCUCGGCAUCCUACAAGAACAACUUUAUAAAAGCCCAAAAACUGCGCGUCCAACUAAUAGAUGAAUUUGACAAUGUGUUUAAUUUUGCCAACGUUCUCACAGGAAACCGCAGUGCACCAGAUGGCAUCGAUUUUAUCCUCUCACCUACUAAUAUAGGCGGGCCAAAGACAAUCAAGGAGGAAACUUCAAUUGAGAGUGCUGAUGAGCUAAGUGCAUAUGCCACAGAUGUUUUCACAACACCGAUGUCUUUGGCUGGUCUACCUGCACUGUCGAUACCCGUUCAAAAUGGAACGCCUUUAGGAAUUCAAAUUGCUGGCCAAUACGGUGAUGAUCAGAGGGUUCUUGAUUUUGCUGCGUCGUUGUACCAGCAAAACACAUGA